GUCAGCGGAAAACGCGCCGAUUCCUUUUCACUUCCAAGGUGAAACAUUUUGUUCCUCACCACUGCGCAAGAGAACUCCGUUUCGGCUCCUAGUGAAGUCCUCCUGGGGCUUCUUCCACUGAGCCCAUUGUCACUCAAAAAGUGAGAAAUGGUGUGAUCAGACCCUGAUGGAACUUGACCUUGGAGUCCAGCUUGUAUCUCUUUAGAAAUUGUCCUUGGCUUUAUGUCUACCAUUCUCACUAUCCUUGUGCCCAUUCUGGAGUUAAUUUUCCUCUUACAAUCGUGUCCAGCCUGAAGAUGGAUGCUAUUCCAAUAUUUUCUCAGGUGAAAUCACUGGUUCAAGUGAUUUCAGGUGACCAUAAGGGUGCAAAGGCGACACAGAAGAACUUUCUGAAGCUAUGCCCAGGUGUCUCUCAAGGGACAUCUGUAGUUCAGGCUUUAUCAGGAGAUAAAGAGGGAGCCAAAGAAACUCAGAAGCAGUUCUUGAAAGGAAUGAAUGGUGCACUUGAUUCUUUGCCAGUUGUGGGACAUGUGAAAGGAACUGUCCAUUACAUUUGUGGAGACAAAGAAGGAGGUCAUAAUGCUAUGAAGGCUGCCACUCGCACAACAGGUGUCAUGGCUGGAGGGGUUGGGGGGUUCUUAGUAGGUGGCCCAGUGGGAGCAACAGUAGGUGGCAUGAUGGCAGGUGUAGCAAUGGAUGAAGCUAUUUCCAUUACUGAUGUGCUUGUAUGUAAGGAAAAACAACUUUAUGGCACUCUAGGCAUUAUACAACAUAUUGUGGAGGAUCCAAAAAAUGGAGGAAAUUAUGUAGAUUUGAUUGGCAGUAUUGCAUUAGAUGGUGCAACAGGAUAUGCUGGUGGUAAAGGAUUAGGGAGAAAGAUAGAAUACAAAGUACAAAAAGGUAAGCUUCAAAAUGUGGUAGGUAAAGGUGCUGUUAAACAAAUUGUAGAUGCUGGUGAAUCAAUCCGUGAGAUUCGUUCCACAACUACCAUAAAAGGAAACAAACCUCAUGUUUUGACAAUUGCAGAAGAUCUCCAAACAGGAAAAAAAUACAAAGGACAGAAUUUGCAGAUUCGCAAGAUCCUUAAGGAUAAUAAUGACAUGGCUGGAGGACCAACCGAAUUGCAAAAGAGAGUACCUGAUGCUAGACUUCCGCUAAAAAGAAAUCCUGCCACAUGUGCUGAGCAACAGGCCUAUAGUCGCCUAUAUAAAGAUCGUGUUAAUGCAGAACCUGGUCAAAUUAGAAGUGUGAGUGUCAAAAUGAGCAAAAACCACAGAAGACCAGUCACCGUUGAACGCUGUGAAAACUGCAAACAGUUUUCACCAGCAAUGGGGUCAGUACCCACUGAUAUUAUUGGUGAAAAAAUAGUACCAAAACGAGUCGGCUUGAAGACGUUGUCCGCAUAUUCUGCUUUGGGAUUGGGGAUAUGUGCUCUGGAUGAAGAGUCUAAGCAUUUAAGUAAGAAUACAGUUUAAUUUUUCUGUUCUGUUAUGAAGUCUUGCUUAGAAUGAAAAAAGCAGUACUUCAUUCUGAAAGUUGUUCUUAGAAACUUUGUAACAACUGAGAUCACGCUUAGAAGGUGGCAAGCUGCCCACUAUGGCUGAACUGGAGCUAAGCCUGGACUCAGCCACGUCAAACUGUUGCUUCCCUUUCGUUCCUUACCCGCCCUCCACUCAAGUACCCCAGUUAACAGUAGAAUCAACAAGUUGGUCAAAGAGAAAAGGUUCGAUAUGUGAAAAAAAUGACUAUAUUGGAAAAGGAUGAAAUUUAAUACACAUAAAUCCCCAUAUUCCCUGAUCCUGGUGCAGUUGCAAAUAUAGUUAUAGAAAAGGUAUGGGACGCGGCCCCAUACUCCUUUGUCCUCCCUGGUCUUAACCAGAAAACAUAUAUAAUUCACAAAAUGAGAAACAAACGUUCAUAUACACAAAGUGUCCAAUGGAACCCAGAAACUGCAGAGACUGAGAAAUGGCUGAAAGCCAACCAAGUCCCAAAUGAUGAAAUGACACAAACCACAAUACAAACAGUGCAGCUUUGAAGUAUGGACCCAAACUGUCUCACCAAUGACUCCAGAAAGCAGUCUGGCAGACCUGGGAUGUGGUUGAUGAAAAAGUGCCUUACUGCCGUGUGUAACAGGAUAAACAGUGACGAUCUUUGGAUACCUUAGAUCAGGGGUGUCGAACUCCGGUCCUGGUCAGCCGCAGUGGCUGCAGGUUUUCAUUCUAACCAUCUUCUUCAUUAGUGACCAGUGUUUGCUGUAAUUAACUUCUUUUGCCUUAGUUUUAAUUAACUUGACUCAAGCCCCUUAGUUGUUUCUUUUUCCUUAAUUAGCAGCCAAACAAUAAUGAGACACAAAACAAGCCGCCACAUGACCAGAAAAUAAAGAAAGGUGAAGGUCUCAGUAAUGUUGAUCUCUCAGGUCACCAAAACAUUUUGACGGUGUUCUUAGAAAAAACACAAAAAUCAACAGUUUUGGAAAUGUCUGCUGUGGCAGAAUGAGAGCAGCAACAAGCCAUGGAAUUAAAUAACGGCUUUAAUUAACAGCAAUAAACGGCUUCUUAUUAAGAGAUUGGUUGGGGUUUGAAAUCCCAGUUUAGCUGGUCAUCUGUUGUCUCGUUUCAAAUCUCAUUUCUGUUUGGCUGUCAUUUAAUGAAGAAACACAUCAAAUCAGAGGACUGAAUCCUUAAAAACAGGGCUAUUCAAAUGAAGGAAAAAGGAGUUGUUUGAUGCUUCCUUUUUCUCCUCCUUUUUGAAAUGUGCAGUCCUAACUUAUACUGUAUGUAACCUGGAAGUAAAAGGAACCCCCAUCUCCUCAAGGGUCACGUGCCAUACUUGGUGAUGUUCCUUACAUAUGUAGCGAUAUAAAUCUUGUUCAGGUAUGUAUAGUUCAUACAUGGGAAAGGUCAAACAAACACAACACUUAUAUAUACUAAACAAACACGACUGACAUUUUAUGUAGCCCUUUUACAAGUUAAAGCUAAUGUUAAAUAAAGUCAAAUUGUUUGCUUAAUUAUAAUAAAAUGUUAGGCUUUACAUAGCAGCACAGAGUGAAAUGAUAAAUAGAUAAAGGAAAGAUCUGGUUUAUUCCCUACAAGCUGGAAUGUAAAUGAAAGAUAUUUAUCAACUUGCUAUAAUUCUGGCAUAAUAUUAAAAUAAGUUUUGUUUGCUUUGUGAGUGGACAGGUAUAAGGGCAUAUAAUUUUCUA